CUCUACUUUUCGUAAAACAUAUUUUUGCAGAGAUCUUGGGCCGGCGUACAGAACACCAUUACACAGCAUUCUCCAUCACAUCGUAGACUGGCAUAGAUGAACUUCCAACAGUGUAACAUGAUCAAAUUGUCGCUUGAGCCGUUCUAGUCCUUUGCAAAGGCAAUACUCUUUUCGUUGCACCAUUGACUAGCCCGCAGCUGUAGGAGUUUGCGAGGCGUGUGUUCCUCGUGGUGCAUCAUGAGGGGUAUCGACGUGUAUUCCAGAGAGGGUAAAACUUCGUGAUGAAAGGAGUUGGGUUGUAAGGAGGUGUCAUGUACAGCCGAAACGCAACUUUAGCUGUUGUACCGGAAUCAAAAAGUCUUAUUGUAGCCCGUUUUGUACAUUGCGCGACGGAAAGAAAAAUCAACGAAUUAGGAUAAGCACAGUCCCACCCCCACUGGUAAAAUACAUCCUCUGACCCUACAGACAACUAACCUUCCUGCUUCAACAUUUCUUUUUAACUACCAGCACGACCCGCACUGCCUUGAUCAUGUCCCAUUUCAGUCACCAGUCGACGAACCUCCACCGAUCGUAUUUAUUAACCUAAGCGCAGCCCCCACCUGAUUUCUUUGUCUUUCCAAUUAGGUUUGUUAACAUGGCAUCAUCUUCGGCUGGUGCUGCGUCGUCUUCCUUUCGAGCGCACUUUUUUCCCAUCGCCACGGCCGCUUUAACCAACGGCACCCGGUACGUGGUCUGCGACGCGAUCGCGCAGCAAUAUGGACCACCAUAUGCAUUGCAAAUAUCCCUGGAUGUCUGGAAGGUUGCAACUUGUGAUGCUGCCUUUGGAUUCGAAAGAAAUUUGUAUUGCAUAAAGAGCAAGAGGACCAGCACUCCAGUCGUUGCUACGCGAGGAACGCAUUUCUCAUGCAGGAUAGGCAUCGAGAGAAGCCGUCAAAAAAUCUGUGAUGCUCGAGCAUGCACCAGGGGCGUCAUGGGUCAUGCAAAAUGUGCAUGACAAACUCCUGCACUCAUCCGGACCCAGACAUAUUUGCAUUUGAUAGACCAGCGUCUAGAAGUACAACUUCCAGCAGUAGUACCAGCGCCACUGCUUCAACAGCAGCGGUUCCGAGCCAAAAAAAUCCCAGUGCCGGAACCACAAGUGUAGCCAAGCCCGGGGCGGUUUCAUCCGUAGUCGAUUACCGCAGGUCGUUUUCCUUCGGUUUGUUUGGCGCUUUGUACGCCGGAGGACCGGGGUAUUGCGUUUACAACGUGAUCUACCCGCGCGUGCCCCAGCUCUUCAAGGUGUAUCCGCUAGCGGGGAGCAUUUUCGAUUGCGUCGUGCAGACACCGUUGCUGUUUUUCCCCUGCUUUUACGUGGUGAAAGAAAUCAUUCUACCCAGCAGCACAGAAAAACCUUCUACACCGACGGGUACAUCCUCAAGUAGGGGAACAACGGUCGUGCCCGCCGGGACGUCAUCAUCCUCAUCGAGCCCUGCUGCUGCUUCUGAGAUGUUAGAAAGCUCGCUCAAGCCCAAGGCGGUCGCCGCGCAGGAAGUAGAGGACCACAAAGAUGGCAAUGUCACCACCGUCCUUUACAAUGCGUGGGCAAAUUACACAAAGAACUUCGUCCAGGACAACACCGCCGCGUGCGCCGUGUGGAUUCCGCUGAUGUGGAUCAACUUCAAAUUUAUCCCGUUGAAAUACCGUUGGCCCUACAUGAGCACGACCGGAAUUCUCUGGGCCUUCAUCCUGAACCACCUCCAGUUUUCCAAAGAUGAAAGUGAAAACUCCGAAGAUGGUCUCGGGGCAGGAACGACCCAGGGGGCAUCUGGUAGCGAGCGAAGUAGAUUCGUCCGCGUUCUCUCCGAGGCGGUCCCUUUUAAGGAUUGAGGGUUGCAGAAGGGUGGUGGAUUACGCAUUGUAAAGCUUACUUUUACGUCGAUUUACGGUAAGUAAAUUUUGUCGAUACUGAAUUUUUACGGCGAGGACCACGUUUCCAGGCAAUCAAUAGACGCCUGUUGAAUUUUUGAACAAUGAACGAUCAAUUUGCAGCGCACCCCAGCAGGUACUAUGCCGGCGUCUCCUUUUGAGGUUCAGUGUCGCAAUUGCAUUGAAGUUCGGUUUUCUGUUUUCGUUUACGUACUAAAACUUGCAGAUGUUUACUAUUCUUUAUUUGUGAUCGUGUUUCAUCAUCAUCAUCAUCUGGUAGCCGUGGUACGACCACAUAGUGAAGGCUCUAUUUUAUCGUCAGACAUCACUAUGUAGCACGUACACCGUGUACAGGCACUGCAACUCUUCGCGACUCAUCAAAGCGGGCUCAGACCCACGACGGGAAAGAGAACGCUCACUGAAAGACCUCGCGCGUUGUGAUAACUCCCAAUUGAUGACGCUCCGAAAUUAUCUCCAACCAUUCAAUGAAUACAGAAACUGCGCAU